AUGGGGAUCCCCCCCGGCAGCCUGAAGGUCGCGGAGAGCGCAUUGAAAGCAAGAGCAGCGGGACAAAGCUGUAAACUUAGCGUUAUCAAGUGCGCAGCGCGAGGAGCAGUAUAUAGGAAGCACAGGAGCAUAUUCAAAGUUGCAGGGGAGGAUAUAAUAAGGGAAGGAAAACAUUUGAGGGAUGUCCUGUUCAAGAAAAAGCUGCACCUCCUAAGUGAGAAGGACAUUAGCAAAGUUUUGAAGAAAGUGAUAAAAGGAAGAAUAAAAAAUGAGAUCGUCUGGGAUGACCUGCAGAGAAUUAUUUUUUGCUGCAAUGUAGAGUAUAGGGGGGGCGCAGGUAUAUGUGUGGAGUCAGAUGAGGGGGGGCCCGUGGACCCACUUUCCCAGACAUCUGCUAUCUCUACACCGUCCUGUGGCUAUCAUCCCCUCACAAUGAAGGAUGCGAAAAUGAGCCAAAGGGCACCGUACAAUCGACACUUUGACCACGUGAACGCUUACCUCCUAUCCGUCGCUGUGCAGAAGCUAAACAUAAGGAGCGUCUCCCUCCUGAACUUCUUAUUCUCUUAUCUAAGAGAUUCCUACCGUAACAUGGAACCUCGACAUUUUUUGCAAAUAUUUCUUGUGUUGGUAAAACACACUUUCCGAGAUGUAUCCGCAGUGCACCUGUUUGGCCGCCACCCCUGUGGUGGCAACACAAAGAUAGAGGUACCUCCAGCAGGAAUAGAUAACAGAGCGUCUCACUCGUUGCACACCUGGCAUGGACAACUUUUUCGUCAGGAGAACAGUCAACUCCCCACAGACAGUCAGCAGGUCCACUGGGCACAAAUGAUCUGCUCGGAAAGGAACCUUCUGCAUGUGCUAACUCUUCACUGUGCAGAGAAUAUCGACGUUUUUACUUUAAAUGACAUUGCCAUGACAUGUGAAGCUCUGUGUUUUUUUAAGUUGAGGGACAAUCCCUUUGUCCCAUUUUGGAAUGAUGUCCUUUCCCACGUUUUCGGAAUAUCGUCUCCGAGAAGCGAAGUGCACAAUACUUCUGUGCAUCUGGACGAUACCCUUUUGAAGAAGAAGCAGUUAUCGUCCUACGGGAGGAGGAUACUGCAGAGGAUAGGACGUAAUGUUGAUGAGGUAGGGAAGAAAGGAAGGAGGGGAAGGCGUGAAGAAAUUGCAGAGUUGUAUGUCGAAAUAAGUGGUAGGAAUAUGUUGAGCAUACUUAAGUACAUAUGUCUCUAUAGAUUCCUGAACACAGAAGUUCUGAUCCCCUUAGCGAGGGAAUUGAAGAAAAUAUUUUUCGAAAUGCCCUUGGACACAACAUUACAUGAAUGCGUAGAAAUUCUUUCCCUUUUUAAUAGUAUGAAGGAGUUGGAGGAUAGAAGUGCAGAGUUGGAGGAGAGGAUCCAUAUGUACGAACAUCACUUUGGAGAAACUCUCUUAGUAACGCAGUACGAUGUAAAGUGUCUCGUGGCAUUGGCACAACUCUCCUUUGAUAAGCUUCACUUUGUUCCAUUUUUAUCAACCUUCCUAAACAACGUACACAAGUUUUCGCCGGAGGAUGCCACUCUCUUGGUGCGCCUAUUGCUGACAAGUUUAGGCCCCAACGCGAGGGAAGCAGCCUCCACAGAGGAACAGAAUCAUCUAGUGGGAUCCUCCUUUCCCAACACCUCAUCCUGCGUGAAGGGACUCCUGGCUGCACUUCUUCCCUCGUGCCCAGAUAUAGUCUCACAGCUGACGUACACGGAAAUGCUCAUCCUGUGCGAAGCGAUGGACAACUGUGCAGUGCCAGGACAGAACAUCCUUAAGAGUGUAGCCGGAAGAAUCUAUGAUGAUUUUAGGAAGAUGAACAUUCAAAGUGAGCACCUACCCCCUGCAUAUGUGGACUACCUAUUUCUAAUUACGUUCACAUUGUACCAAAAAGAAUGUAGCGUCAAUACGAAUUUGGUGCAUUUUUUAGUGAAUAUUGUAUUGGGGAGGAAGGAAGACAAGCUGUGGCUACAACAGCGGAGGUACCAUUAUGUCUUUUAUUUAUUAAUUCUACAUCGAGGGGAGAGUCAGGGGAAUGCUUCCAUGUGGGUAGAAUACUUCAAUUCCCUUUGGGGGAAACUCUCCCCUCGGUUGGGUGUGGAAACAGUGUACACUAUCCUCUUAAUCUAUUUUCAGAUGACUAAGAAGAGGAAGUGCCCAUCUUUGCUGCGCCGCGGGGAGUGGAAGGACAGUACUGUUACUGUUGCUGCUAGGGUUGGUGGAGGGGGAGGAGAAGGUUGUCAGGGAAAGUGCGUAUCAGUGAAGCCCUCAGGAGCGAAAUGUACAAAGAAGGAGGCCCUAAUGGUCGUCUCCCCCUGGAAUAAGCGCUUCAUUUACAGGGAGGAGCAAAUAAGGGAGGAACUACUGAAACUCUUUCUAUAUUUGUGGGCAGAAUACCCAAUUAGACCGGGAAGGAAAUCUGUAGACCUCCUGAUCAUUAUGAAUGCAUUUAUGGAGGACGCAUAUAUUCGUAGGUACCUACUCAGCUGGCACGUUCUGAAUCGUAUUAAUCAUUACAUAACAUUCUUUAGCAGAGAAGCGAGCAGGCUUACGGUGCACCUGUUCGAAGACCCAGUGACGAACGAAUCAGUUCGUGUGAACUUGUCCGAACUGAGACAUGCGUACGAGGGGAUCCUGAGGAAGGGGGGGGAGAAGGAGAAUCUACCUCCCACGAGAACGCAGUCACAUAUGCACCAACAGGAGGGGGCUACUCAGAACUAUAUACUGAACGACUACAAGCACAAGGCGACUGUUGCCGUUCGUGCUGGUGCUUCGCACAGGGGAAAACCCGCUAAGUACCUUAGGAAUUACAGAAGGGGGGAGGCAGUGUUGGGUGCACUAUCAUCAUAUGGCCAAGACUACUGA